UCUGUCAUAUGGAUCGUCUUUCUUGUUAGUACUGUUACUGUCAUUUCGCUCUGAAGUGACAGCACAAGUCUGCUAUUAAUCGAAAUUUAAUAUUCAAUCAGAGACAAGGAAAAACGGACUGGUGACGCGUCUUUGAGGUUUGUUGCAAACUUCAAGAUUUCAUCAUGAUUGGAGGCCUUUUCAUCUACAAUCACAAAGGAGAGGUCCUAAUAUCCCGUGUUUACCGUGAUGACAUUGGCAGGAAUGCAGUAGAUGCUUUCCGAGUCAAUGUUAUUCAUGCAAGACAGCAAGUCAGAUCACCUGUCACUAACAUUGCCCGAACAUCUUUCUUCCAUGUCAAGCGUGCCAACAUAUGGGUUGCAGCCGUAACAAAACAGAAUGUCAAUGCAUCCAUGGUCUUCGAAUUCCUCUUGAAGGUUACUGAUUGCAUGCAGUCAUACUUUGGCAAGGUGUCAGAGGAAAAUAUCAAGAACAAUUUUGUUCUGAUUUAUGAGCUUCUGGAUGAAAUUCUUGACUUUGGCUAUCCCCAAAAUACUGAUACUGGUGUACUAAAGACAUUCAUUACUCAGCAAGGCAUUCGGACGCAAACAAAAGAAGAACAGGCCCAGAUUACAUCUCAGGUGACAGGCCAAAUUGGCUGGCGCCGCGAAGGAAUCAAGUACCGACGAAAUGAGCUUUUCCUUGAUGUACUGGAGUACGUCAACCUACUGAUGUCACCUCAAGGUCAAGUACUUUCAGCCCAUGUGGCUGGCAAAGUAGUGAUGAAAUCAUACUUGUCAGGCAUGCCCGAAUGUAAAUUUGGCAUCAACGACAAAAUCAUCAUGGAGGCCAAGGGCAAACCAUCGGCAGAUGACUCGGCUGCUCGCACCGGCAAGACGGCCAUUGUCAUUGAUGAUUGUCAGUUUCACCAGUGUGUCAAGUUGUCAAAGUUCGAGACUGAGCACUCGAUUAGCUUUAUCCCCCCUGACGGAGAAUUCGAGCUUAUGAGGUACCGAACGACCAAAGAUAUUUCGCUACCUUUUCGAGUUAUCCCGUUGGUGCGUGAAGUGGGACGGACAAAGAUGGAAGUCAAAGUGGUUGUCAAGUCCAACUUCAAACCUUCGUUAUUGGCACAGAAAAUCGAAAUACGCAUUCCAACGCCGCUCAACACGUCUGGCGUUCAACUGUUGUGCAUGAAAGGCAAAGCCAAGUACAAAGCUUCUGAGAACGCCAUCGUUUGGAAGAUCAAACGGAUGGGUGGUAUGAAGGAAUCACAACUUUCGGCUGAAAUUGAGCUUUUGCAAACCGAUACGAAGAAAAAGUGGACUCGACCCCCUAUUUCCAUGAAUUUUGAGGUUCCAUUUGCACCAUCCGGCUUCAAAGUCCGAUACUUGAAAGUCUUUGAGCCCAAGUUGAACUAUUCUGACCACGACGUUAUCAAAUGGGUGCGUUACAUCGGACGUAGUGGCCUCUACGAAACGCGUUGCUGAAAA